AUGUCUAAACUCACUAGCUCAAUGAGUGCGGAGAGUGAAAAGAGAUAUAUGCAACAUGCGCUGGCGCUUGCUGAGGAGGCGUAUGAAAAUCAAGAAGUGCCAGUUGGUUGUGUUUUUGUUUGUGGAGAAGAGAUUAUUGGAAGUGGACGUAAUAGAACGAACGAAACGUUCAAUGGCACUAGGCAUGCUGAACUAGAAGCUAUCGACGCCAUUUUGUCAAACGAUAAAUAUACUAAAGAUGUGUUUAGAGAAUGUGUGUUGUAUGUUACUGUUGAACCAUGCGUAAUGUGUGCAUAUGCCUUACGGCAAUUGGGUAUUAAACACGUAUACUAUGGUUGUGCUAAUGAGAGAUUUGGCGGAAAUGGGUCAGUAUUCAAUAUUCACCAAGAUCCACAGUUGACACUGCAUCCACCCUAUCUGUCACAACAGGGAUACUAUAGAGAGGAAGCUAUUCUCAUGUUGAGGAAAUUUUAUCUCAGGGAGAAUACUUGUGCCCCAAGACCAAAGAAGAAGCAACAGAGAGUAUUAAAAACAAUUAUAAAACCAACAAAUGAAGAUUAG